CAAAACCAAAAGCAAAUAGUUGCGGAAAACAAAAGCCAAAAUUUCCAAUCUCCCUCCUAGCUCCUAGACAAUACACAUAGUUAAGCUCACUCGCGUCCGAUUUACGCGCUUACCCAAAAUUAUUACCAGCGCCUCUCUUAUAUUCUGGCUUCUUCUAUUCUGUUUUCCGCCAUCGCCUCACUCAUUCAAAUUCCCACCACAACCAAACCCUUAACGCAUUUGCCAUCUAUAAUAUUGAAUUGAAUCAAAGACAUGAGGAAAGGUACAAAGAGAAAGGCUAGAGAAGUAGUAGGUAAAGCCAAGUCGAAAGAGGAGACCCAAUCUGUUAACAACAAAGAGGAGAAUGGAGGAGAGGGUACCAAAGGUGUUGUUAAGGGUCGAGCUAAACCAGCCAAGAUUGCUAAACCUGAAACUGAAACUGAGUACUUCCCUGAUAAAAGGAAUUUGGAAGAUCUUUGGCAAGAGGUUUUUCCUGUUGGUACAGAGUGGGAUCAGAUAGACAUGGUUUACCAAUACAAAUGGAAUUUCUCAAAUCUCGAAGAUGCAUUUGAAGAAGGCGGAGAAUUGCAUGGAAAGAAAGUCUACCUUUUUGGUUGUACAGAACCACAAUUGGUUUUUUUCCAGGGCCAAUCAAAAGUCACGUGUAUACCUGUUGUGGUUGCUGUUGUAUCUCCUUUUCCACCUUCUGAUAAAAUUGGAAUAAACUCUGUACAAAGGGAAGCUGAAGAGAUACUGCCAAUGAAACAGAUGAAAAUGGACUGGGUUCCAUAUAUUCCUUUGGAAAAACGGGAAGCUCAAGUUGAAAGACUCAAAUCCCAAAUUUUUAUUCUGAGGUGUACACAGAGAAGGGCUGGUUUAAAACACUUGAAGUUGGAGCGUGUUAAGAAGUUUGAAUAUUGCUUACCUUAUUUCUAUCAGCCAUUCGCAGAAGAUGAAUUUGAACAGAGUACCAUUGUGCAGAUCUUGUUCCCAACAGAGCCGCCUGUGUUUUGCGAGUUUGAUUGGGAAUUUGAUGAGCCAGAGGAAAUGGCCGACAAAUUGAUUGAGGGAGAGGAGUUGUCCGCAGAUCAAAAAGAUGAAUUUAUGGAAUUUGUGAAGGAGAAGGUUAAAGAAGGAAAGAAGAGCAAUCGAGAGGCGAGAGAAGCCAGGAAAAAAGCUAUACAGGAGAUGAGUGAAGAAGCGAAAGCUGCGUUCCAGAGUAUGAAGUUUUAUAAAUUUUAUCCCGUGCCCUCACCUGAUGCUCCUGAUGUAUCUCAGGUCAAGUCUCCAUUCAUAAACAGAUACUACGGAAAGGCUCACAAAGUUUUCUGAAUGAUGCAUCAGAGAGCAUAUUCAGAACGGGAAAAUUAAGCAACUGUAUUCUGAAACCAUGUACCUCUGGUAGCCUUGGGAGCUGGAUGAUGGAAUCAUACUGUUCAACUUAGCAUGUGUUCCGCAGCAACCAUUAGAGUUAUAGAACUAUUUAUGGAAGCAGAAAGAUCCAUAGAGGCAAAAUGUUAUUUUUCCUCCUCAAUCCUAUAGCUAGAGUGUUCAGUCAAAAAUUUUGGCAACGAUUCUUGUCUUCCUUAGCUGUGAAAUUUUUGUUUCAUUUUGGAUACAAAUGUAAUCCUUUUCUGUUGUUAGAUAUCAUGUUCACCCUUAAAAGACGAUAUGAGCUGCAAUUAACUGUUGGUUCUUAGAUGAACUAGAAUGUUUAGCUUCAUAUGAAAGUUGAGUAAAUGUUGUAUCUCUUCUGAUA